ACCAAAACAUGAUCUUAAAGUGGGGGAAUCGUUGCUCCUUUUUGAUGAUGUGAUUGUUGUUAUUGGCUUGUUAGGCCUCGUUGAAAUGCCUUUAUAUGAAGGAUUAACUGCAGCUGUCGAGAAAACAGCUGUCAUUCUCGACUUAGGAUCUGCUUAUUCAAAAGUUGGCUUUGCUGGUGAGUGCCACCCAAGAGCUAUAUUAAGAAGUGAAGUAAAACGAAUUAAAACUGGCAAAGUUGUUAAGAUAUUCGGUGAACCUGACACAGAGGAUGACCUUUAUGACACGCUUGUUGAUUUUCUUCAUACAAUCUACUUCAGACAUCUGCUUGUGAAUACACGGGAUCGACGGGUGAUUAUAUGCGAGUCAUUCCUCUGUCCCUCAUCAUUUAGAGAAACUCUUGCAAAGGUGCUGUUCAAACACUAUGAGGUUCCUUCAAUCCUGUAUGCACCUAGCCAUUUAUUAGUGCUGUUUACGUUGGGAAUCAACACAGCUCUGGUCAUUGAUUGUGGUUAUAAUGAAAGUCUUGUUCUUCCAUGUCCCAUAGAUGUCCGUAAGGAGUUGGCACAUAACAUUGUCUGUGUCGGUGGUACAGCAAUGCUACCAGGCUUUAAACACCGCCUCAUGUCAGAGCUUAAGAGCCUGCUUGAUAGACCCAAGUACAAAAACAAACUAUCAGUUGCCAGUUUCAAGAUGCAUAAUCCUCCGUCGCAGCCAAACUACAUGUCAUGGCUUGGCGGUGCAAUUUUAGGGAGUCUUGAAGUCCUGAGUUACAGAUCUCUUAGUAAAGAGCAUUACCGUGAGACGGGUCGUGUUCCCGACUGGUGUAUGCUGGAUGCCGAGGCACAACUAGCUGAACUUGCGCCAAAGGAUAAGGUACCAUCACAGAGAAUGAAUAUCGGCAAUUUGACCAAAACAUUACUAGCACGCCGAAGAGAAACAGAGGGUAAACGAGAAUGGUCACCACGUCGAAAAGAAUCAAGUGGAUCUCCAGAUCACAGUGGCAGUGAAACAACUCCACCAAAGAAGGAAUGAACAUAAUGUAAUUAUGAUAAUUGUGGACAACGUAUAAUAAUAAGCUAUGACAUGGAAAACAAUAAGACCUUAUGAUUUUUAAUGAUGAAACUUAUUUAACUUUAUAAAUAAUGUGUUAAAUGCUUGCAGUACACUACAAUGAUAGUUCUGAAAGAACUUGUUUUUGUUGACCUAAGGAAAAGCAGUACAUCAUUUACCACACUGGAGACAAUGCCAUUGUUUUGGCUAUCCUUCAUCUAAGCUGGAGGCAAUGCUGUUGUUUUAGCUUUUCUAGCAACACCUCACACUCACACAGACUGUCAAAACCUGGUCCACCAUUCAACAACAACCUUCACUUUCCAACCAUAUAAGUAUUUCCCUGUUUUGGACCCUGCCGAUCUCCUAAAGACGAUCGAAGCAACUCGGUUGAAACUUUGAGACCAUUCUAUGUGGUGUACCGCAAGCAUGUAAUACAUUGUUACAGUCCUU